CCACCGAACGGUGAUGUCGCGUUCGCUUUCUGCUCUAACUUUUUCGCGUGCGUGUGUGCUUGUGCAUUUCUGAGUGUGUGUGUGUAAAGCGAUUGUGUCAAGAGUAAAUUAAAUUAAAGCCCCCGAAAAUAAAUGCAAAACUGGCACCGAAUUGAUAGUGCCCAACCCCGAAUAAAUGCUAUUAUGGUAAAUUAAAAUAUAGCUUGUGAAUUGCAAUAGUAACGCCUCGCAGAUUAGAAAAUUCCAAUAGGAAUAAGAAGAGAGUGAGAUAGAGAGAGGGGCUCGAAGAGCAAGAGAGAGAGCCAACAGCAGAUAGCAAAACAGAACACAAAAGCCGUUAGAUUAGUAGCUGCAAAAUCUGCUUGUGUUUGUUUUUCUUCUCCAUUUGCGCGCGUGAUAUUGUUGUUGUUCCUUAAUAGCAGCAUUAUUUAUAUUUUGCGAAUGGUGCAAAAGAGUUUUAAGAAAACCCCAUCCUGCUGGCAAUAACACCCCUCCGCACAAAUCCCAAAAUCAUAAGAUGCUGCAGGAAAUGUGAUGUCACCACAUUGGCCCCGCGGCAACAACAACAAACUUCACUAUCUCCAGCAAAAAAGCAAAUAUCGCCCUGCAUCGACAACAACAUCCACAGAGACGACAACAACAACAUAGGCUAUAUAGCAACGAUCUGAAAAUGUUGCACUUGCAUUUGUUUUUGCUACCGCUGCUGCUGCUCAACACAUGCUUGCAACAACACAUUCUGCAGCCGGCGGAAGCGACGGCGUUCCAUCAUCAGUCGGAAGGAGAAAAGCCAAAAGUACACCCCGUCCUCGACGAGUUCUCAACUUACACUGUGAUACGACCGCAGGUGGAACAUGGACGCACUAAGCGCAGCCUGCUAACCACUCUGGAUGCCACCGACGGCCUUCACACGCCGCAGAUUAGCCUGAGUUACACCCACGAGGGCAAGCGGGUCGUCGUCGACCUGCAGCGCAACGAUCUCCUCCUGCCGGACUCCCACUUCCUGCGUUACCAAAAUGCCAGCAGAGGAGCCACUCCUGGCCAUGUGGUUACCACCUUUACCAAGACUGAGGUUGAUUUAUGCCAUUAUCAGGGACACAUUCGUAGUAAACCAGAAUCUGUGGUAGCGCUCUCCACCUGUGAUGGUGCUCUGGAUGGCAUCGUAAUCGAUGGCAGGGAGACGUACUUCAUCCAUCCCCAUGUCGACGGCAGGGGGCGACUACAGGAUGACCACUAUCUGCUGAGGCAGACAGACAUGCAUCCGACGAACGCCACCUGUGGCUAUGAUAACCACAGGGACGACCACAGUCACGACUACGAAAAGGCUGAAGAGGAUAACGGACUUGGAGGAGGGAUUCCUUCACUGCCACUCCGCCUCGAUGGCGGAGAAUUCUCGGGGACCCUGCUCCGGAAGCGACGUCAGGCGGACGAUAGCAGUCAAUUGAUCCGGGGGCCUUACAAUGCCAACAAAUACUCCAGCUACGUGGAGCUGGUCAUCGUUGUGGACAAUAAGGUGUACAAAAAUUUCCAAGAGAAUACCAAGAAGGUGCACCAGUAUUGCAAGGGCAUUGCCAAUAUAAUCAAUGCGCUCUACGUCCCCUUGAAUAUAUUUGUGGCGCUGGUGGGCGUGGUGAUCUGGAACGAGAGCAACGAAAUCGAGUUCUCCAGUGACGGCGACGUGACACUGCAAAAUUUUUUGAACUACCGAAGCACCAAACUGGUGCUGGAGCAUCCCAACGAUAAUGCCCAGCUGCUGACCAAGGAGAACUUCGUCGGCGGUGUGGUGGGCAAGGCACUGAAGGGUCCCAUCUGCACGUACGAGUACUCCGGCGGAGUGAGCAUGCAGCACAGUCCUAACCCGGCAAUGGUGGCCACCACGAUGGCCCACGAGAUGGGGCACAACUUUGGGAUGGAGCACGAUACAUCGCACUGUCAUUGUCGGGAUGAGAAGUGUGUGAUGGCUGCCUCGAGUACCUCGUUUAUUCCAGUUAACUGGAGCAGCUGCAGCAUUGAUCAGCUCACGAUAGCCUUCUCGCGCGGAAUGAACUACUGCCUGAGAAACAAGCCGGAAAGGUUGUUCCAAUCACCAACUUGCGGCAAUGGUUUCGUUGAGCCUGGAGAACAGUGCGAUUGCGGAUUACCGGAGCACUGUGAAAAUGCCUGUUGCAAUGCCCACACCUGCAUGUUGCACUCAAAAAAUGCCACCUGUGCUACCGGAGAAUGCUGUGAUCUGACCACAUGUCGACCCAAAUUAGCGGGCAGUUCCUGUCGAGAGGCUGAAAACGAGUGCGAUUUACCGGAGUACUGCACCGGGGAGUCUGAGUACUGUCCGACGGAUGUCUUCCGGCGGGACACGGAACCCUGCGACGGCGGUCAAGCCUACUGCUUCCACGGCACAUGUCGAUCUCACUCCAAUCAGUGUCGAAUAUUGUGGGGACCCACGGGUGAUAACUCGGAGCAUUGCUACAACAAGAACACAGAGGGCACUCGGUUAGGAAAUUGCGGCUACAAUAGACUGAACAAGACUUUUUUGAGCUGCGAAGAGCAGCAUGUCAAUUGCGGAAUGCUCCACUGCAUCCACUUAAACGAACGACUCGAAUUCGGCAUGGAAUCGGCGGCUGUGUUGUCCCAUUCCUAUAUAAGUCACGAUCGCAAGAUUGUCGCUUGUCGCACUGCCUUGGUGGAUCUGGGUUUGCAGACCACGGAUCCCGGCCUUACGCCAAAUGGAGCCAAAUGCGGCGUGGAUAAGAUGUGUGUGGAUCAGCGUUGCCUGCCGGUGGCCACGGUUCGGCAGACGGGCAUGGGAAAGCCGUGUCCGGAGGAUUGCAAUGGCAAUGGCAUCUGCAACAGUCGAGGCCACUGCCACUGCGAUGUAGGAUUCGGCGGGGAAUCGUGCUCGAAGGCAGGAUCUGGAGGUUCCCCGGACAGUGGACCAGCCACAGAUCCAAAUGGUUCCGUGGGCUUCAAGCGAUUCCUUUACGUGCUCUUCUUCUUUGUGUUGCCCGUUGUGGCUCUCUUUUGGUUCCUCUAUCACUGCUACAAGAACGGCAUGCUGACGCGUGGAAAACUGGCAGACAAUAUGUAUGUAUCGACCUCCUCCUUCAGCACCGGCUCGAAAAAGGACACCACCAGUCCCGACAGCAGCAUCUCCACCACACUAGCACCUAAACAGACCCCUGCACGCACUGCACCACCUCCACUACCACUGCACACCAAUCGCCAGCUUUCUGGUGUUGUAACUAACACGGCUCCGGCCACCAUUACUAACAUACACUCCAUUCUGCCGCGCCGCAAGUCCAAUCCAGAUGUAGUGCAUCAGUUAAACAUUCCGCCGCCCUCUGUGCCAAAAAGCCAUAGCACCCAAGAGGUGCGACCAAAGCCGGCCACCUUGAAACCUCUAACUCUACUGCCCUCCACGCACUCAACCUCCAAUAACAACAACACUGAGUCACUUAACCAGAAUGACAAAAGCAACACGAACAACAGCACACUGAGACGCAAGCUGGAUAUCACGGCUCCGCGGCUGAAUGCCACCACAAACCCACUGGCACUCACCGAGGGUGCCCAGUUCAUACAGAGCGACCCCGCGAGCUUAAAAUCCUCUGGUGGAAGCAAACCCAUCACAACGCGAACCAAUCAAAAUGGCACAGGUCCACCGCCAAGCAAUGGUUUGUUAAAAUCCACGCCUAGCAGUACGGAUGAUAUGGAUUCGGCACUAUUAAAAUCACCAAGCGACUCCACACCGUCAGCUGGACUAUUUGGCAAAUUCGAUGGCUUCACUCUGCGACCACUGAACGAUGCAUCUUCACCAGCAAGCAACUACAGCGGACCGAAUGUGGCCUUUGUGCAGCCCACUGUGCAGCAGGAUGGACCGCAGCGGAUGGCCCCACCACCGCCAGUAGUAAAGCCGGGAACGGCUCCCAUUCAUCCGCCAUCCCCGAAACCAGAAGCCACUUGGGUGAGGCCAGCGCCUGCUUUGCCACCACCCAAUCCCGGCUCAACGGCACGUCCCAUUAUCUCACCACCCAAACUGGAUUCUAGUACAUUAACCAUGGUGCCACUCAAGGACAGCACAGAAGAUCUCUCGCCCAGUCGAUCUGCUCCUCCAGUUCCUCUACACGCUGAUCCCAAGCUAAAUGUUAAACGAGAUGGUACCAUACGUCGAUUUGCUUCGUUUCUGAAGAAGGAGGAGAAACCACCACUAAAAGAGAAGACCUACAUCGAUCGGGAGCGGCUGCGAACCCUGGAAAUUUCCGCCCCUAUGCCUGUGCCCGCUGCUCCCCAAGCCGAAUCAUCCAAUUCCGAUUCGGAGACCACUCCCCGCGAAGAGGAAACCCAGAAUCUGGUAAAACGCGCACAAUCCAUGCGUUCGCCCACCAAAAAGACUCCUUUACAGAGUUUUGGAUCCAUGCGCUCUCCACCGGGACUGCCACGCCCGAAGAGUGGACAGGUGAAUAGCAAUGGCGCCUCAAGACCCAAGUCGCCACCUCCAAGGCCACCACCUGUGGUGGUCAAGAAAACAAACUCCAUCAGUUCAUCGGGCUAUCAGAGGCCGGUUUCCACUGCCCAGAGAUCUGUGGAGAAUACCUAUGACGAUUGCGAAUUUGUGGAGAAUGAAGUGCGAGCCUCGAACGACGACAUUUACUCCGUAAUUGAUGAGAUUCCGCCAGCGGCACAGACCCUCAAGCGGAGCGAUUUGGUGGCCAACAGGGCGAGUAAUGGCAGCGAUAUGGGAUUGCUGAAUGAAAUAGUGAAUGAACUAGAAAAGAUCAACGGGGAUUCCAUAUACUCAGGAAAGCCCGUUGCUGCAGCAGCAUCAGCAACUCAACCACCACCCGCAGAUCCCCCAAAAAAUCCACAGCGUCCUGCUCCACCGAAGCCAGCGAGCAGUGUGCUGGAGGAAAAGGCAGCUAAUGCAUCUGCAAGCACAUAUCACCGCCCGCCGCCAGCCAAUGCGCCCGUGGCUCGGGUUAAGCCCACUGUGGCGGACAAAUCACAGGCGCAGGCCCAGCCCAGCAUGUCCAGCUUUAAGCCGGCGGCGGCCGGGGGAAACGGCGGUCAGUCGCAGCCAGCGCCAGUAGUCCAGCUGGCCAAACGGAGCAGCAGCGGCAGCAUAAGCGGAGUAGCCAAUUCCGCCCGUCCCAAAUCCUUUAUGAAGAGCACAACGAAAACACUGCCCAAUGGAACGGCUGGAGCGUCGGCCACAGCGCCCUCGGCCACCAUUCAAAAGCCCAAACCGCUGUCAGCAAAGCCAUCCUUUAGCGGCGGUGGAGCGGGAGGAGUACUGGGAAAGCGGGCGAAUGGCGGAGCAGCGCCCACGCCACCCACUGUAAAGGCUGCGACAUUGGCGGUGGCGAAUAAGUCCAGCAUUGCAUCGCUGGCACAGCGAUUCGAGCAGAGCAAGUAGACUUAGGAACACUAAGAUAUCGGGCUUGACCAUGAGCAUAGCAUGAAAUAUGUAUUUGAAAAGGGAAGGAUGAUAGGGUGUAGGUUGAUCCAUAUGAACUGAUCAUCCUUACGAAGUUUUAAAAGUGUAAUUAUAGUUCAUUGAUAGUUUAGACAUGUUAUAGCAAAGCAAAGUUCUUAAACAUUAUCGUACCACCUAGUGACCCCCAUUUUAUUCAAGGCAUCCGUACAGUGAAUUUCUUAAAGUUUUCAAAAACAUGCCUGUGUGUGAAAGUAGUAUUCUUCGCCGUUUUGUGAUUCUUGGCUAUGCUCUUGGUCUGUCUAAAUCGCCACUCUGCGUGGAAUUGACUUAAGUUUUAGUUAAGUUACGAUUUAAUUUCAUCUGGCACUGACUAUGACUACGACUGCGUCGUCUUUGAUAUUCAUUCCUUUACCAAUGCCCCACUAGUUAGACGUAAGGCGUUGCUUAACUCAUGUGCUAAGUAUGUAUGUAUCUCAAUGGUUAAUGUUUAAGCGCUGCAUGUGAAGUUUUAUUUUAGCACCUAACGAUAGCUGCGUAUCUGUAUCUAUACUAUACUCUACGGUAAUCCCCUGUAUUUAUGUACAAGUAUGUUUAUAUACAAUAUGCUUUUGUAAAUAAAAACCAAAGAAGUUAAAUUGUCACAACAAAUGCGCCGCCUCGAAUUAAUUAAAGUAAAAAGUGUUGUAUAGCUGGGGUAUAUUGAAAACGUAAUUAAAAGAGCCAUUCAGUAGCGAAAUCAAUUUAAAUUGUCUCAAUGUUGCAAGGAAUAUGUUACACCCCAUAUGUAAGAACAAUAUCAAAUGUGUAUAGAACCGAAGUUAUGUUAAAAUAUAUGUUUAACUCAAUUGAAA